AUGCAUCGGAGCGGCAGUGCAGCCGGAAGUCCUCCGGUCCUCCUGGACCCGUUUCCCCUGCAGACGGUGUCUCUGAACGGGCCGCGAACCGUCCAGCACUACUACCAGAACAAGCUGAAGCUGGCCAUCAUCGGCCAGAGCCUGUUCGGACAGGAGGUCUACAGCAGCCUGCGGAAACAGGGCCACAAGGUGGUGGGCGUGUUCACCGUGCCCGACAAGGACGGCAAGGCCGACCCCCUGGCGGUGGCGGCGGAGAGAGACGGGACGCCGGUGUUCAAGUUCCCCGCGCUGGCGGGUGAAGGGGAAGCCCAUCCCGGAGGGUGGUGGAACGCCUACAAGGCGGUGGGCGCCGAUCUCAACGUCAUGCCCUUCUGCUCGCAGUUCAUCCCCAUGAGCGUGGUGGACCACCCGCGGCACGGCUCCAUCAUCUACCACCCCUCCAUCCUGCCGCUGCACCGCGGCGCCUCCGCCAUCAACUGGACCCUGAUCCAGGGCGAUAAGAAAGCCGGGUUCUCGGUGUUCUGGGCCGACGACGGUCUGGACACCGGGCCCAUCCUGCUGCAGCGGGAGUGUCCGGUGGAGCCCAACGACACGGUGGACACUCUGUACAACCGCUUCCUGUUCCCAGAGGGCAUCAAGGCCAUGGUGACGGCCGUGCAGCUCAUUGCGGACGGAACGGCUCCCAGAGUCCCCCAGACGGAGGAGGGAGCCAGCUACGAAGGCAUCCAGAAGAAGUCCAACGCCAAGGUAAACCUCGCCCAGCCCGCUGAGGCCAUCCACAACUGGAUCCGCGGCCACGACAAAGUCCCCGGUGCCUGGACCGUCAUCGAUGGACAGCCCGUCACCCUGUACGGCUCGUCCAUGCUGGGGGGGUCCGUCCCCGCCGGCCAGGCCCUGGAGCUGGAAGGGGCCUCUCAGCCCGGCCUGGUCACCAAGAGCGGCCUGGUCCUGUACGGCGCCGACGGCAAAGAGCUGUGACUCCUGGUGAAGAACCUGCAGUUUGAGGAUGGGAAGAUGAUCCCCGCCUCCAAGUUCUUCCGUCCGGGGAGAUCUCCAGCGUUGGAGCUGACCGACGAGGAGAAGAAGAUGGCGGAGGAGAUCCGGGCCAUCUGGAAGGGAAUCCUCAGCAACGUGCCGGCCAUCGAGGACGCCACGGACUUCUUCAAGUCGGGCGCCGCCUCCAUGGACGUGGUGAGGUGUGGUGAGGAGGUGAAGCAGAGGUGCGCCGGUGUCCAGCUGCAGAACGAGGACGUCUACAUGGCCGCCACCUUCCAGGACUUCGUCCAGAUGUUCGUCCGGAAACUGCGAGGGGAAGACCAGGAGGAGGAGCUGGUCGUGGACUACGCGACUAAAGAGGUGAACAACAUGACGGUGAAGAUGCCGCACCAGUGUUUCAUCAACGGCCAGUUCCAGGACGCGGAAAACGGGAAGUCCUACGACACCAUCAACCCCACCGACGGCUCGGUGAUCUGUAAGGUGUCCUUCGCCUCGGUGGGGGACGUGGAUCAGGCGGUGGCGGCAGCCAAAGAGGCGUACGAGAACGGGCCGUGGGGCCGGAUGAACCCCAGAGACAGAGGCAGCCUGCUGUACAGGCUGGCCGACCUGAUGGAGGAGCACCAGGAGGAGCUGGCCACCAUCGAGUCCAUCGACUCGGGCGCCGUUUACACACUGGCCCUCAAAACCCACGUGGGCAUGUCCAUCCAGACCUUCCGCUACUUCGCCGGCUGGUGCGACAAGAUCCAGGGCAAGACCAUCCCCAUCAACCAGGCCCGGCCCAACCGCAACCUGACCUUCACCAGGAAGGAGCCUCUGGGGGUGUGUGCCAUCGUCAUCCCCUGGAUACCGCUCAUGAUGCUGGCCUGGAAGAGCGCCGCCUGCCUGGCCGCCGGAAACACGCUGGUCCUGAAAACCGGCGCAGGUAACUGGAAACCCGCUGGGCUGUCACAUCCGCUGACGGCGCUGAAAUUCGCUGAGCUGUCGGUGAAAGCCGGCAUCCCGAAGGGAGUCAUCAACAUCCUGCCCAGCGCAGGCGGCAUGGUGGGGCAGCGGCUGUCCGACCACCCCGACAUCCGCAAGCUGGGCUUCACCGGCUCCACGCCCAUCGGCAAGCAGAUCAUGAAGAGCUGUGCGCUGAGCAACCUGAAGAAGGUCUCUCUGGAGCUGGGGGGGAAGUCGCCGCUCAUCAUCUUCAGCGACUGCGACAUGGACAAGGCCGUCCGCAUGGGAAUGAGCUCGGUGUUCUUCAACAAAGGGGAGAACUGCAUCGCCGCCGGGCGCCUCUUCGUGGAGGAGUCGAUACACGACGAGUACAUCAGCCGCGUGGUGGAGGAGAUCAGGAAGAUGAAGAUCGGAGACCCUCUGGACCGCUCCACCGACCACGGGCCGCAGAACCACAAGGCCCACCUGGAGAAGCUGCUGGAGUACUGCGAGGCGGGGCUGAAGGAGGGCGCCACGCUGGUGUGCGGGGGCCGGCAGGUGGACCGGCCCGGGUUCUUCAUGGAGCCGACCGUCUUCGCCGGCGUGGAGGACCACAUGUUCAUCGCCAAAGAGGAGUCCUUCGGCCCCGUCAUGGUGGUGUCCAAGUUCAAGGACGGCGACGUGGACGGCGUGCUGCAGAGGGCCAACGACACGGAGUACGGCCUGGCGUCCGGCGUCUUCACGCGCGACAUCAACAAGGCCAUGUACGUCAGCGAGCGGCUGGAGGCCGGCACCGUCUUCGUCAACACCUACAACAAGACCGACGUGGCGUCGCCGUUCGGCGGCUUCAAGCAGUCCGGCUUCGGCAAGGACCUCGGAGAGGACGCCCUCCAGGAGUACCUCAAGACCAAAGCGGUGACGGUGGAGUACUGAGACCCCGCCCCUCUGGAGUCCAGCUCAGAGUCCGGCUCAGACCUCCACCCGGUGUGUGUGUGUGUGUGUGUCACACGACGGACACACACCUCCAGGACGACUCCUCUGCUUCAACAGAUCCCAGACCUGGAGUCUCAGACUAAAACCCCGAACGCUGGUUUUGCGUCUUGCGCUAUCGUCAUUCCUGUCAACACCCCCCCCCCCCCCCCCCCCCCCCCCCCCCCCCCCCUCCCUCCCCCAAGCUGAAGCAAGCAGCAGCUCCGGGUUUCGGACCAUCGGCCGCUUCCCGCAGCAGGACGACCGGUCCGAACUGGUCUCGCAGAUCUCCAGCUCGCUUUGGAAAAGUCUGGACUUCAGUAGGAUUUGAACCGUCUCACGUCUUCAGAGCUUCAGAAGCUUCACUCUUUUAUAUGAAUUAAAAAAAAAAAAAAAAAAAAAAAAAAAUUCCUGCACUUGUGAUCAGAUCAGAGGCCGCCUCGCCGUAGAAUCACCCCACCGGACUGUUUUCACCGCUAGCAUUAAAAUCCAGACUGAGUGAUGAAGAAGGGAUUUUAAACCCAGAGUCUUAAAAACAUUUGUACUUUUUAGAUCGUUGUUCAAGAAAGAAACUGUGAGAUUUACUUAUUUAUGAUUUUUAGCUAUAAAGCCGAUUUAAUCGCUUCUGAACAAAUGUUCUUAAUAUAAAUCUUUAAAAUGAGCCCUGUGGGAACAGACUGGCUCAGCGCUGCCCCCUGCAGCACAGAGGAGGAACAGCUGGUUCACGUUAGUCUUAUUUUGAAGAGGUGCUGCUCUAAGAGGGUAUUUUAUUUUCCUGUACGGGGGCGGGUGAUUAAAGGGAUUCCUUCCUCCUGGUUCUGGUUUAUUCUGGAACAACGGGUCUCUGGAUCACGUCGCUUCUGUUCAUCUCAACAGUAUUGAUUUUAUUCACCCCACGAAUUCAGAGAAGUUUCCAAAUGUUGAAAAUUUUGUGGAAAAAAACUUCAAUGUGUCGACAAUUUUGCUUAAAGGUGCAUUGAGGAGUUUGCACGUUUAAGCGAAACAGCGCCCCCUGCAGGCCUUGGGCGUAAUGCAGCUUAGCAAAAAACUCGUCCCUGUGGCUCCUGUGCACGAAAGAGGG